AUGACCUCCUGGACGACAAGACUUGUGGAAAACGGUUCUGGUCGACUGCUCGUCGUGCGCGUCUGUCAACAUGCUUUGUUCGCAGCAAACGUCCCGGUUGUGAAAUUCUUACUAGACAACGGCGCAGACGCCGAUGCAUGUGAAACAAUGGAAGGAAUUGGGCCAGUAUACACCCUGUUCUGGGUUACCAUAAAAUACCCGAAAAGGUCAGCGGAAUGCUGCCUUAGAUCGACAGACUGUGCCAGAUUGUUGAUGGAAGGUGGUGCGGACCCUAGUGUACCCAAUUUGUUUUCCUCAAGGCAGGAUGGUUGGGUGUCAUUUGCUCUGGGGUUUGCUCCUGCGGAUGCAUUUAGAGUCAUGCUUGACCAUGGAUACCCGUUCUUCUCCCCUAAUGCAAUUCACACGAGCGACAAAGUACCAUUGCUAGAACUUGCAUUCUAUCACAGAUGCGGACUUUCUAAAGUUUAUCAGAUACCUGACAAAGCGGCUCUGUUGCUUUCCCGAGGUGCUGCUGCUGACGCUCAUGACAGUAAGCGCAAUACUUGCCUCCAUCUCUUCAUGCAAUACAGAACUGAAGACUAUGCUUCGAGACGCAUUUUCCAGAACAAAAUUGACAAAGAAUGUGACGGAGAGCUGUUGGAUAUACUCAUACUGCUCAUCACUGCUGGCGCCAACGUUCAUGCCAGAAACGACGACGGAAAAUCACCUUCUGAUAUCGCCUGCGAAUGGGGCCAUGAGCGCGAAUGGAUAAGGGCCCUUGAAGAAUGUGGCUACGACUCACCAAGUGUGAUGGGCGCAGAAGAAGAAACUGUAUGCUGGUCUUCAGGACAUGACUUUCAAGGAGCAUCGUUCCGACAGCCAUUGCUGACGUUUGCGGAGUAUUUAAGUUUCAGAAAGCUCAGACAUGUGGAGGAAGUGCCAUAUGGAUGGAGUGAGGGCGAAGAAUAUGAAAGCUCCAGAGGGGAAGGAAGUAGUAGAGAUGAAGAAGGAUCAAUAGGCGAGGUUGGAGAAGAUGCGUGGGAAGCCUGGGAGACGAGUUCUGAUGUCGACGGUGACGAUGACAGUCACGAAUCUCUGGGAGACACCGGACUUGAACGAGAACAUGCACAUACGGAAGUGCCGGUGAUUGACAAUUCAGAUGCGAGGCUUAGAGACGCACAGGAGUUGCAGGUCGAGAUGCUAGAGGCCUACAGGGCCUCGAAACAUAAGUCAACUUAG